AGCGCCCUCUAUUGCCGACGGUCCAUUUAAUUCAAUAUGGCGGCGCCUAUGGUUCGUCAGAUUUUAACACAGAGUGCGAGAAAUUCGCUCGUGUUUACGUCCUUCAGGAACAGAUUUUCGACUGCUCAAUGUCAUUUGCAGCAGAACGAAACGGAAGAACUGGAUAAGAAUAAAUAUUUUGACAAAUAUGCGGACAAAAUAAAGGAAAUCCGCAGUUCGGACCCUGAAAAAUUUCAGUCCAAACUGCAGGACUUGAAGGAAUCCAAGAAGGAGAUGAAAUGGCGAGAUGAACAAGAAUCUCUGAGACCAGCAAAAUCUGACACAUCGCAACCACGGCUGCUUAAGACAUCGCAACACACAUCAUCACAAAAAAGUCUGGAUUCCAUCUUGAAGAUUGACUUGAUUCAGGAUUUACCCAAAGAGGAAAUUCAGAAGAUUUGGACCCAGUACCAUGCCAAGAAAGACUGUAUCAGUGCCGUUAUACCGGGCAUAACAUACGACAAGAUUUGUCAAACGGCUCGAGAAAACCCUUUGUUCCUGUACCCACUGCCUAAGGAGAAUGGUUAUGAGUUCUUCUUUGCUCAAUUUGAUAAUAAUCACAGCUGCUACUUCACAUCUCUCAUCAACUACCAGGCAUUUCAGGAGAAUUCUCCAAUACUUCUGAGCAUGAAACACUACACAGAGCUGCAAAAGGAGAAAGGUAUCGUCCUUAUGCGAGGAGAAAUGGACACAAAUGUGAUGAGUGUACAAAACGCGCAGUUCUUAGCCAAUCAGCUACAGCUGUACUACGCGACGGACAACCCCGACCGGCUGAAACUGCUGCGGAUAUUCAACCACCGUCAGGAUGAGUUCAGGCACAUGGACGUCAUCGCACAGCUAGAGAAAAGCACCUUUGAGCUUCCCACGACGUCAACCGACGGGAAAAGCUCAUAACCCAUAGUUGAUUUGUAGCAGCGUGUUUGGUGGUCCCAAAGGGCCAGCUAUAGUGUCUUCGUUGUUAUCUCACUGAUGGUCACUUGCGACUUAGCCUUGUUGUAGACUUGUUAAGAGAACCGGGCACUACUAUUUUAUAUAAUAUUAAUAGCAGGCAUUUAUAUAACGCUUUUACGCCGGAAAGGGGGUAUCAAAGCGCUUUACAGUUAUUAUUUUCCCUGUUUCAACUGGCAAACACUCCUGAAACUUCUCAACUCCCUGGGGAGCAUACACGGCCAGUAGGCAGCCAUAUCGGCACUCUUGGCCGUAAUCAAUCUCACACAGUAACCAACACUGCCCUCACAGGUAUCUACUCCUGGGUGGAGAGAAGCAAUGAGUGACAAAGCGCCUUGCUCAAGGGCACACGCACCAUAACCCCAGGCUGGACUCGAACCCACAACCUGCAGAAUUACCCGCAGUCCACAAAUCCAAUGCUCCAGACCACUAGGCCACGGCACUCCAUGGUAUAGGAUAACCCUGUUAAGCCAAUGAUUGGGCUGAAUCCGGCCUAUGGGCUCCGUGCGCAAGUACCCCAUCAACUUGGAAAACUUUUUGGAAAAUCAGACAGCGCUGGGCAUGAAUUGUACUUGAACCCUGAAAGAGGAGUACAUUCUCUUUUUAGUUCAGUUUCGUUGCAUUGUAAUUACACCAGGGGUGUGAGUGACCACUGAUAAAAAUAGCUGAAAACAGCUGAAAAAAGGUGUACAAAAGCUGAACUUUGGAUAUCUCCUAUACUUUUGUACACAGCAAGUGAGGGAAAAAGCUGGGAAAAAAGCUGAAAUCCAAAACAAAAAAAGCUGAAAUCAGCUUUAAAGCUGAGUUUUCACACCCCUGUUACACAUUAAACCAGGGAGUAAGAAAGUUUUCAAGUUAGGAUUUGUUUUAGUAAUGUCAUGAUUAUUGCACAUAAGUACUGAAAAAUAUUUCUCAAGUUUGAAAAUAGUCUCAAUUUUUUUGGCUGUUUUCAGUGGUGAAAUAUUUGAUACAGAAAGUAUAUGGUCGUGUGAAAGUCAAAAACAAAAUGGGCAGUUGUUAAACUCCUUGAGAAUUAUAACAAUCAUUCCUUGACUGCUCAACUAUUGGAAACUUUUAAGGUAAGGAUGGAAACACAUCAUUUUGUUGAUAAAAAUAUUUACUUUUAUUUGUUUUUAGAGCUGCCACACAGCCUUUCCACAUAUAAAUAACAAAAAUGUAUUCAAGAACUAGCUCUAUAUUAUGUUAACAAACAGAAAAUGUUUUACCCACUAUUGAUAACAUGUUAAUUUCAAGUUCCUGUAAGAAGCACAAACAGUUGGGGAUGAAAAAAAAGACGCGUUAAUUUUUACUUUAGGAUAAAGUUAACCUUUUAAAUACAAAUAACUCACUUUUCAAAUAUUGGUUCUAUAACAAAACUAGAUUUUUGCUUUGCUUAACUUUCAUUUGGGUCAUUGUAUAAAUUUGGGGUCCCUUUUUUUGGUCUGUCAGUCCAUUACAUCUGACAUCUAUGAUUUUAUAAUUCUAAUGCGCUCCUUAAUGCAGUCGUCCUCCAAGAGUGAUUAUUAAACUACCUACGUAACAAAUAAAAAAUCACUUGAAGUUAUUUCUUUAUGAUUUUUGAAUGGCAAAUCAUAAAAUACCAUUGUAACAGGGACAGGAAAAAUGUCACACUUUGGACCCUGAAUUUAUAGAAUAACCCAUAUGUAAAUCUAACACAAGGCAGGCUACUCUUCAAUCGUCACACCUUCUCCAAACAGUUUGUACAAGUGAAAAUAAAGUUCUGCUGUUUUACUACAAACUUCGUUAUAACAGUAAUUCUGUUAGAUAUUGUCGUGUCAGUGCAACAAGGUCGUAUCUCCUAAAAUGGCAUAAACCUAAAACGCGAGUUUUAGAAUGUCAAAAGGUCGUAUCUCGCUUAAAAUAACCCUGAUGCACACGCAAAGUUAAUGGAUAUCGAGAUAUGACCUUGUUGCACAAAGCGUAUUCGCGCGCGAUACGACUUUGUUGCAGAGUCGAGUUACGGCCUUGUUGCACUGACGCGACGAUAUAUAAUGUACAGUAUUGUUGGGUAAAAAACACCCACUUCACAAGAAUAUUGUAAAUAUUUCCGCUUCUCGGCAGAAAAAUCAUGCUUGGUUGAAAUGCUUACCAGAACUGGUAACCAGUCGCAAGCAGUAUACCUCACAUGGCGUUUUAGUUGGUACCCUUUUUUGCUUAGUCAAACUGUCCUGUGCUUAACAAGUUUCAUUGUGCCUUUCAACUUCAUGAACUUGCACUGCGGCGUAAAUUACAUUUGCCAAGUAUACUUCGUAAGGAUACUUUACACAAAUAGUAAAAUAUGAAAUACUGGAAACGGAAAAAAAAGUUGAACAGUUUUGCAUUGCCAUGUCCAGUGCAUUUCUGUGCAGAGAGAAAAAUGACUUUAAACUGAAAUGACCCUGUUUCCUGAUAUCAGUGAAAUUAUGGUCUUCAUAUUUUAUAAAAUUGACUUUGCAGGGAAAAAAGUCAUAAGAGCUACAUAUUUCAAGCGGAUAUAUUGUUUUUUAAAAGUUUAGUGUUUUUGAAAACAGGUAACGCACCAUAAGUAAGCUGACAUGAAGAAAAAUACAGUGUACUAGACAAACUUUAAUUUUAGUAAUUAGUAUAUUUUACAUGAACCUUUCGAAUAAAUUGCGUCCAAAAUAAAGUCCAAAUACACAAAUAUUAUACAAAUGUAAUACAAUGUAUUUAUUUGAUUACUCUGGAAAUGCAUUCAGAAUGACACGCAACCAUGACUUACUAUUCAAACCGGAAUUCUUAACACAUCUAUUUUUUUUCCUUAAAAUUUAAAAAUCAGACUUGUCUGAUAAAAGUCAAAUGUAGGAAAACUGAAUAUAACAUCACACACGAGAGAGAAUUCCUGAUCUAAAAUGUUAAUAAAUACAGACAAUGUCAUUGCUACAAAACUUGAAAGAAGCCACGGUAUAUCAUAUACAUUAUACUACAAGAAACCAAAAUAUUUUCCGAGUAUAUUCAAAUCUGUUCUUCUGUUUCAUAACUUAUUUUUCACAUUCACAAUCUGAGGAAAUAUUUGACACAGAUAUUUUGCAACGUUAAUACCUUUUUAAGUUAAAAACAACUCAUUACUUUGCUGAAUAAAGUAUCUGCAAUUAUUGCUUUUUGUUGGUUCCUAGUGGGAAAAUAAUCAUCUACUUUUAAGAGUUCUUGCUUUUUCAAUGCCGGAAAACACUUGCAACAUUGUUCUGUGAAAAGUGGUUGAAAUUUAAUGAAAAUCGAACUUCCCCUGCAUCAUGCAUUUCAUAAUAACUUCCAUGCAACUAAUGACAACAUAUAACUGAUACAUACAAUAAUUACCGAGAAUGUACCUUAUUAGGGGGACAUUCCCAUAGGGUUGUGCACAAACAUUUUCCAACUUUGAUGAGCCCCAACCCCUUUCUACAAAUUUUGGUACGUUUAUGUUUUGGACCAGGAGCAAUCGAUCUGGCUAUUUGCGACAAAUAUUGUGCCUCUAAAUAGGAGUUGUGACAUUAGGAAGACAUUGAAAUGUCUCCUUAAUAUACUAAGGUAUAAUUUAUGAAGAAAAAAAGGCUCCUCAAGGGUGCAUCUGUACGUAUAUAUUUGCUUAUAUUUAUUUUUAUAGUGGAUGAAAGUAAAAGUCACUCACUGUAAUUUCAAAAACAAAAAUAAAAUUGGCAAAACAAGGAAAAUGUGCGCAUCUUUUUUCUUUUUUUUUGA